AGGCCCAAUAUAAACUUGGAUCUUGUUUGGGCUGCAACUCUGCAUCGUACUUAAAACGAUUAAUCAGAAAAGGUAAAAUAAAAAGAAAGAGUUGAGGUUGCUUGGGGAGAAAGAGAACAGCAAGGGUUCUGUCUGCUAAAUACCCCUUUCGUUCAUCGAAUAACACUCUCGCUAAUCUAAUUCCAACAUUUCUCAUCAAUCUCAUCUGGUUUGAUUCUCCAAUUCGUCCACUUUCCAGACAAAUGGAUCCAGAACCAACCAACAACAACAACAACACCGCCAGCGGCAGCGGAAACCCCAAAGACGAGUCCAAUUUGAAGCCACCUUCAAAAGAUCCGAAGAAGAAAGACGAUAAGAAAGACGAAGAUCUCUCGGAGGAGGAUUUGGCGUUGAAACAGCAGUUGGAGUUGUAUGUUGAACGAGCUCAGGAUGCAGACCAAGGGUUACAGAAGGUUGCUCUUGAGAGCAUGAGGCAAGAAAUUAGGACAUCGACAAGUUCUAUGACUUCAGUUCCAAAGCCACUGAAGUUUUUGCGUCCACAUUAUGGAACUCUCAAAUCGUAUUACGAGACUAUGCCAGAUUCUGAUUUAAAGAAAUUGCUUGCAGAUAUACUAUCAGUUUUGGCUUUGACAAUGUCUGCAGAGGGUGAUCGGGAGAGUUUGAAGUAUCGAUUGCUGGGUUCUGAAGGUGAUAUCGGUUCCUGGGGUCAUGAGUAUGUUAGGAAUUUGGCCGGUGAAAUUGCACAAGAGUAUUCAAAAAGAGUGAAUGAGGAAGCAAACGUGGAUGAUCUAAUAGAACUUGUGGAACAAAUUGUUGCUUUUCACAUGAAGCAUAAUGCUGAACCUGAAGCUGUAGAUCUAUUGAUGGAGGUUGAAUUUCUUGAUCUGCUAGUGAAGCAUGUUGACAAGACAAAUUACAAAAGAACUUGUUUGUAUCUAACAAGUUCAGCCAGGUACCUCCCUGGACCAGAUGACAUGUCAGUUCUGGAUAUUGCAUACACAAUAUACAAAAAAUUUGAGGAAUUUCCAAGUGCACUUCAGAUUGCACUCUAUCUCGACAACAUGCAGCAUGUGAAGGAAAUUUUCACUUCUUGUCCUGAUCUCUUGCGGAAGAAGCAAUUUUGCUACAUUCUUGCUCGACAAGGUUUAAGUUUUGAGCUUGAUGAAGAAAUGUGUGCUGAUGAUGAAGACAGGGAGGCCUUGCAAGAAAUUAUCAACAAUACGAAAUUAAGCGAAGGCUAUCUUACCCUUGCUCGGGAUAUUGAAGUCAUGGAGCCCAAAUCUCCUGAAGAUAUAUACAAGGCACAUUUGCUUGAUGGUCGUGCUAGUGCUGGUGCUAGUGUUGAUUCCGCCAGACAAAACUUGGCUGCAACGUUUGUAAAUGCGUUUGUGAAUGCGGGUUUUGGUCAGGAUAAAUUGAUGACGGUAACUUCAGAGGCUUCAAGUGGAGGUUCUUCUAAUUGGCUUUUUAAGAACAAAGAUCAUGGGAAAGCAAGUGCUGCUGCAAGUUUGGGGAUGAUUGAUCUCUGGGAUGUUGACACCGGUCUCGCCCAACUUGACAAGUACUUCCAUAGCAAUGAUAAUCAUGUCAUCGCUGGUGCUUUGUUGGGUGUCGGAAUCGUAAACUGCGGCAUCAAGAAUGACUGUGAUCCCGCGUUGGCUCUUCUUGCUGAUUAUCUCGAUAAAGAAGAUUCUUUUGUUAGAAUCGGCGCGAUAACUGGUCUUGGUUUUGCAUAUGCAGGCACUCAAAACGAACAGAUUCGAGACAAAUUGACUCCGAUUCUCGGAGACCCGAAAGCACCCCUAGACGUUAUUGCUUUCACUGCAAUUGCUUUAGGUUUGGUGUAUGUUGGUUCGUGUAACGAGGAGGUCGCUCAGGCAAUAAUAUUUGCACUUAUGGACAGAAGUGAGUCAGACUUGGGGGAGCCGCUCACCAGACUAUUACCUCUCGGGUUAGGUCUUCUUUACCUCGGGAAGCAGGAUAGCGUGGAGGCUACUGCUGAGGUAUCAAAGACAUUUAAUGAAAAGAUCAGAAAGUAUUGUGAUAUGACUCUGAUGUCUUGCGCGUAUGCUGGAACAGGCAAUGUUUUGAAGGUUCAACACUUUCUCGGUCAAUGUGCACAGCACUUCGAGAAGGGUGAAACGUUUCAGGGUCCGGCUGUACUUGGUAUCGCCAUGGUAGCAAUGGCCGAGGAGCUAGGGCUCGAUAUGGCAAUCCGUUCGUUAGAGCAUCUUUUACAGUACGGAGAACAAAAUAUCAGAAAGGCGGUUCCAUUGGCUCUUGGUCUUCUCUGCAUCUCAAAUCCAAAGGUCCACGUAAUGGAUACACUGAGUCGACUCAGUCACGAUGCCGAUACAGAAGUCGCUAUGGCAGCAGUUAUCUCUUUGGGGUUAAUUGGUGCGGGAACCAAUAAUGCGAGAAUAGCUGGCAUGCUUCGGAAUCUGUCGAGUUAUUACUACAAAGAAGCCAAUCUUCUCUUCUGUGUUCGUAUUGCUCAAGGUUUUGUACAUAUGGGGAAGGGUUUAAUGACCCUUGCUCCUUACCACUCGGAGCGCUUCUUAUUAUCUCCUACGGCCUUGGCUGGACUUGUGGUACUACUGCACGCAUCUCUUGACAUGAAAGCAAUCAUUUUGGGAAAAUAUCACUAUGUUCUCUACUUUGUAGUUUUGGCUAUGCAGCCUAGAAUGUUGCUGACCGUGGAUGAAAAUCUGAAACCUCUAUCGGUACCAGUUCGGGUGGGCCAGGCUGUUGAUGUUGUGGGCCAGGCGGGUCGGCCCAAGACAAUAACCGGGUUCCAGACCCAUUCAACCCCUGUCCUCUUGGCUGCUGGAGACCGGGCUGAACUUGCAACAGAGAAGUAUCUUCCUCUCUCUCCUAUUUUGGAAGGAUUUGUUAUUUUGAAAGAGAAUCCAGAUUACAGGGAAGAAGCGUAGGCACGUGGAUCAAUACUAAACGGGAUUUAUUGGAAAUCCAAAGUAACGUGCUACCAUGUGACCUGAUUCUGAUGGUGACGAAGUCGUGUAUUGUUUUGUGACCCGGGCUUAGGUUUUGAGGCAGUCUUAGACAUGUUUUUAAGUUAUGUUUGAUGGUGAUGUUAAAAUAGAUAUACGUUUUGCUCAUGAACAAGCUGUCAUGAACUUUACACUCAUUUCAAGCGACGCUUUCUCCCAACAAAGUAGAUGACUUUAAUUUCAAGUCGUGUGAUGUUUGU